UCUCAAUUUGCUUGCAACACCCAGUUGCUAGACAUUGAUAUCACUGGCUUUACUGCAACACAAAGAGAUGGUACACAAGAAAUUGACAUCACCGGACUGCAAGUCAACAAAAUGAUGAUGAAGCACAAGAUAUGUCGAGUUUUAAUCUGCACAAGCAAUUUCUUCAGUACAAGGAGCAAUUUACUUAGUUCUGAAGUAGCAAGUUAUAUAUUUUUUACAUGACACUUUUUUCAUUUUUGUUUGUUUGAGAUUUUCAGUUCAAAGCAAGGAGAAAGGUAUCCCUCAAGGCAAAGAAGACAACAAAGAUGGUGAUGACAAAGAAGAAGACAAAGAAAACAAACCACUAGCAAAUUGCGAUGAUGCUAAAGGCAAACAGCCAAGGAAAGACGACCACCAAGAUGAUGAAGGACAUAGUGGGCCCAACAAAGGAAAAUAUGAAACCAACAAUUCCGGAAAGCAAGCUGCAAGCAAUAUAGGGGACGAAAGUGGGAAUGCAAGUCAAAGGUUAACACCUCAAAAUUCAAAAGGGACAGCAGAUACAAAAGUCUCAGGCAAGUGCAGUGAUGUGUAUGUAGAUUUCGAGCCUAUCUCUCCAAUAAAUACGCUGAGUAUCAGAGAAGAGAUGGAAGCAUUAGGGCUACUUGAUGAUACACUACCAGUUCGUGCGAUUGCAAAGCUAAUGGUUUUUGAACCGAUGGAGAUUUUAGAAGUGAGUGCAACAGCGGAGGUGAAGAAAAUGGUUGAGGAUUGCAUGCAGCCACUACCUAUGCCAGACUCCGGAUUAAAUCUGCCACUCAAAGAAGAAUCUGAGAAGUUCGAGGCUAAACAAAUCAAAGAUGCCAUCGAGAACCACCUAUCUCCAGAAACAAAGAAAGAAUUGACGACCAAGAGAACUGCUAUAAGGAUAGAUUUUAUGACUAGAAAGAAGUUGGCGGCUGAAAGUUCCAAGGCUGCAUGCCACUUGCCUCCACUUGCACCCAAAAAGGAUAAUGGAAAGAAAACUUCAGACAAAAUGCAGCUCCCCCAAGAAGUAAAGGGAUCAAACGAGCUCAAGCAAAACAGCAAAAGCCCACAGAGCAAUGAAAAUAAAAAAGAUGAAGCAUCUACAGCAUCAUCAACAGCAACAAGGAUAAAUGUUUACACCAAGAAGCCAAGGAAAAUUUCAACUGAAAUGGAGAAGCUAGUAGAAGCCUCGCUUCCAAUAGACAAGGGUGAAGAGAGCAAAGGCCCGCUGGCAACCAAAAAGUUAUAUGAGAAAGCAAAGGGCAUUUCCGGUGAGGGAGGAAGCAAUCUUCCAAUCAUGCGCACUAUUGAGGAGAUCAAGGAAUCUAAAGGAUACAAGGAUGCCCUAGAUGCACCCAGUUUCUCACUUGGGUUUGAUGAUGUUACCCAGAAGAGCCCAAGUAAAUCAACUGCCGACGACUCUAUCACCUCCUCAAUGUUUGACCAACUUUGCGAUGAUGCCAUGAAAAAGUCAGCGAAGCAUCAAGAUUACCCCACCAUAAACACAAACCAUUUGAGCCCGGAACAAGAAACCAUAUACAAUGAAAUUUGCAAGUGGAGGUCGCGGUCCGGUGCUGAUACCAGUCCGAACGCAUUCAAGUCAAAUGAAAUCACAGCUACUGCGAGUGAGCUAGCAAAUAGCAUGGCCAUGGGUAGAUCGCUAAACACAAUUGCGCUCCAAGUUGGGACAUUUGUAUUGUCGAAAGAUCCGGCACAAAGGAGGAAGAAAAUAAUGUCACCAUGGGCUGGGUUGAAGAUGAUGACGACAACAGAAGUGUAUUGCAGGAUGGUUGAGAAAGCAUUUGACUUCCUCAACACAGAAUACGACCUGAUCUUCUUCCCCGUCCAUCAAGCAAAUGAAGAUGAAGCGGAUGCAGCUGGGCACUAGUUUACAGUUGUAUUAAACCUGGUAGAUAAAAAGUUUCAAGUCAUUGAUUCUCUAAGGCCCUCUGGCAACCCGUUACUGGUUCUGAAAGCAAAAAUGGUUCGCGCGAAGAUCAUAACAUUAUGGAUGAAGUACACGGCAAAGCAUGAUGGGUGCACGGUCCCUGCUAUUUUUACCUAUGAACUUCAAGUUAUCUCAGGCUACCGGCAA